CUGCGGCGGGCCGUGGGCGGGGCCGAAGAGGAGGCGGGGCGGCGGCGCUGCUGGCGGAGCGGGGAGUAACAGCGGGGUCCUCCGAGCGACAGCCUCGCCAUGGAAGCCGAGCCGGGGCGGGAGUGCGGCUUUCCGAGCCCAGUGCGGGAGGACGGCGCGGCGGCCCUGGCCGAGUUCGCGGCGGCGCACGGCCCGGCGCUGCGCUCCUCGGGCGUCCCGGAGCGGUACUGGGGCAGCCUCCUGCACAAGCUGGAGCACGAGGUUUUCGACGCCGGGGAGAAGUUUGGGAUAAUGCUGGUGGAGGAGGCGGAGGAUGAGGAUGAGGCCACUAGCGAAGUACGGAGGAAGCAGCCCAACCCAGGGGGCGAGCUGUGCUACAAGGUCAUUGUGACCAGCGAGAGUGGGCUCCAGGCUGAUGACCCCAACAGCAUCUUCCUCAUCGACCACGCCUGGACGUGCCGCGUAGAGCACGCACGCCAGCAGCUGCUGCAGGUGCCGGGGCUGCUGCACCGCAUGGCCAACCUGAUGGGCAUCGAGUUCCACGGCGAGCUGCCCAGCGAAGAGGCGGUGGCGCAGGUGCUGGAAGAGAUGUGGAAGUUCAACCAGACCUACCAGCUGGCCCAUGGGACAGCCGAGGAGAAGGUGCCGGUGUGGUACAUCAUGGACGAGUUUGGCUCGAGGAUCCAGCACGCGGACGAGCCCAGCUUCGCCACGGCGCCGUUCUUCUACAUGCCGCAGAGGGUGGCGUACACGCUGCUGUGGCCCCUGAGGGACCUGGACACAGGCGAGGAGGUGACCCGGGACUUUGCCUACGGAGAGGCAGACCCGCUGAUCCGGAAAUGCAUGCUGCUGCCCUGGGCCCCCGCCGACAUGCUGGACCUCAGCUCCUCCACGCCCGAGCCGCCCGCUGAGUACUACCAGGCCAUUCUGGAGGAGAACAGGGAGAAGCUGCCUCUUGCCAUCAGCCCAGUGCCCCACGCUCAAGAUCACGUCUUCAGGGUCCACUCGGACGUGCAGCAGGUGCUGGGCCACCUCACACACCCGCGCUUCACCUUCACUGCGAGCGAGGCGGAGGCCGACAUCCUCUACCACUUCUCGCACUUCAAGGACUACAGGAAGCUCAGCCAGGAGAGGCCGGGCGUGCUGCUGAACCAGUUCCCCUGCGAGAACCUGCUCACGGUGAAGGACUGCCUGGCCUCCAUCGCGCGCCGGGCCGGGGGUCCAGAGGGCCCUGCCUGGCUGCCGCGCACCUUCAACCUGCGUACUGAGCUGCCGCAGUUCAUCAGCUACUUCCAGCAGCGGGAGAGGCGGGGCGAGGACAAUCACUGGAUCUGCAAGCCCUGGAACCUGGCCCGCAGCCUCGACAUGCACGUCACCAGGAGCCUGCACAGCAUCAUCCGGCACCGGGAGAGCACCCCCAAGGUCGUGUCCAAGUACAUCGAGAGACCCGUCUUGUUCCUCCGAGAAGACGUGGGCAGCGUCAAGUUCGACGUCCGCUACAUCGUGCUGCUGCGCUCGGUGAAGCCGCUGAGGAUCUUCACAUAUGACGUGUUCUGGCUGCGCUUCUCCAACCGACCCUUCGAGCUCAAAGACCUGGAUGACUACGAGAAGCAUUUCACCGUCAUGAACUAUGACCCGGAUGUGGUGCUAAAGCAGGUGCACUGUGACGAGUUCAUCCCCGAGUUUGAGAAGCAGUACCCGGAGUUCCCCUGGAGCGGCGUGCAGGCGGAGAUCUUCCGGGCCUUCACGGAGCUGUUCCAGGUGGCGUGUGCCAAGCCGCCGCCCCUGGGCCUCUGCGACUACCCCUCGUCCCGGGCCGUGUACGCUGUGGACCUCAUGCUGAAGUGGGACACCCGCCCAGAUGGGUCUCGAGCAAUGCAGCCACAGAUCCUGGAGGUGAACUUCAACCCCGACUGCGAGCGCGCCUGCAGGUACCACCCCUCCUUCUUCAACGACGUCUUCAGCACCUUGUUCCUGGACCAGCCUGACGACUGCCACGUCACGCGCCUUGUCUAGGCCGAGAUGCCCUUCCAGCCUCGCCCUCCACGCUGCUUCUGCGGAGCUCCUUUCCUGCCACCCGGAGGCAGCCUCAGCCCUCGAUCCAAACCCUCACCCUUUGGGACCACGGUGUCCACCACACCCCAGGGCCACGGAGCCUCCCCCACUGCCCUCUGCAUUGAGGAGCGGCCCUGUCUCUGAGCACUUGUCCGCAGCCGCCUCGUUCCAGAGGUCUUAGCGGAGAGGGGCUCCCUAGAGACUGGCUUCCCUGGGGAAGUGUGAGGCUCUUGUCCAGUCUGCUCUUGCAGGGCUCCCGGGUGGCGCUUCUGUCUGCGCCUGCAGAGCUGCGUGACAGCCCAGAGCCGCCUGGGGGGCCUGCCUGCCACCUCAGCCUUCGGCCCUGGCCACCCGUGCCAGAGCAGUCACCAGCAAAACCCCGCAGCUCUGGCGGGAAGGCUGUGCCUGUGGGCGGGGCCCACGAAGGUCCCCUCUGUCCCUGGGCCUGACUCCUUGCUUACACACCUCGCUGGUCAGGUCUGCCCACCUCUUGAGAUGGACGGGGCCCCGGGGACAGGACGAGGGGCUGGGCCUGCGUGUGUGCUGCUGCGACUCCAAGCAGAGCCGUGAGUCUUCUCCAGAGGGCUAGGGUCCGAACGUUGGGUUGUGAUUUUUUUUCAUUUAUGGGAUGAAAAUGUAAAAUUUCAGUUAUUUCCUAAUUUUGCGUUUUGUGAGGCUGCAGUGCACCUCGUGUUGGGGGCACGGACCCCCUGUGGCUGGAGCUGCUUCCAAAGCCUCCCCUGCACGGGGGAGAAAGUAUGGCGAAGGUUUCGUUUUUGAAGCUAAAACCAGCCCUUCCCGCAGCAGAGCUGGACUGCUGUUGGGCCCCUUGGCGGGCACCGCCCUCUGCUCCACCCAGCCCACCGGGCCUGGCUGCCCGGCCUCCAGGGCCUUGCUGGGUUUAUACCGCAAUAAAGUCAAGACUUUUG